AUGGCGUGGGGCAAGAAAGCGCAACCGCCGCCCCCCCUUCGGCCGCAAAUCAUUCCCCUUGUAAUCACCCUCCUCUUCCUCGGCGGCCUGGCCUGGGUGCUUUGGCAGGUGUACAUCUCCGUCAACAAGAUCCAAGAGUCUGCCUCGGAGCGCAUGGGCAAGAAGAACGUCGUCUUCACAAAGGAUGGCGUCCGCGUCGGCGUGAAGCACACCUCGAACGAGAACUACGUCGACAAAACCCAGAGCUGGGUCGUCAAGGCUUGGAAUUUGAGCGGGAAUACUGUCGGUCAGAUCAAGAAGACCAAAUGA